AUGAAACUACUUCCAAAGGUUGUCCAGAGGCUCACGGGACAAGACCAUGCCGCACAACAUUACCAACAUACAGUGGAGUACUUGAGACUACUACAGAAACAUCAUGCACUCACAUUGAAACGUCGUUGCUUCAUCGCGUUGAUCACGGCCAUAUGCACUGCCGUACCGGCUGGCGCAACUCACUUGUCUGACGCGACCAAGCGCCAACUACGCAUGAUGCCACAAGAGCUACGUGAAGAGCUUAUUCACUUUAUGAUGGAGUUCCGUCUACUAAACUAUACUAGUAUUGGUGGUGGCAACUCGAGUGGCGGUGGCAGCAGUAGCAAAGUGACAACAGCAUCGUUGUCAACACUGUUGGCACAGUUGGCCGAUGACAACAUACAUACAUUGGACUUUAGAAUUGUUAGAAGCAAGAUAUCACAAUGUGAUGCCACCAAAGAGUUGUUGCGAACAUGUCGCAACAUUCAUCACCUAGACUUCUCCUUCUGCUAUGACAUUGAUGACUCUGUCCUCAAGAUCCUUCUCAUGUCCAAUGGUGUUCAACAUCAAUCCCAACAUCAACAACAACAGCAACAACAGCAACAACAGAUUGAGUCUACAACAGCCGGUCUGAUAAUGUCACCCUCCAAGAAGGGUGGUGUUGGCGCAUCAGAGUCCUCAUCAACAUCCACGUCCACAUCCAACUCCAACAACUCCCCAUCCACCUCAUCCACCUCCACCUCGUCCUCCUCAUUCAGCAUUGGUAACCUCAAGAACAAGUUAAAGAAGAAGAUGGGCAUGUCUUCAUCAGACCCAGUGAUUCGCAACCCAGGUGGAGGCGGUGGCAAUCACUCGAUGAUGUCCAAUCAUAGUGGUGAUCUGGAGACGACCAGCUCAGCCAGCUCAUCCAACACAUCAAGUCUGCUUAGCAUCGGUCUGGAAAGCCUGUCGAUCAGACAUUGCACCACGUUCUCGGACGCCAUGCUGAGGAAGUUGUUCAAGGCAUCGCCAAGUCUUACAUCGUUGGAUGUGUCUGGCACCAAGGUGUCGGCCAAGACACUGCUGACCAUCACAUCUAAGUGCAAGGCCAUUCGCAGCCUAUCCAUUGGCAGACUGUCGUGUGCCGACAUCCUCACGCCCAAGGUCACGGCCACCUUCUGCAACUUGUCCAGUCUGACCAACCUUGAUCUGGGCCAUCUGCCAGGUCUUGAUGGCCGUGCCCUCAUCUCAAUGUUGAGCAACCCCACCAAGUCCAUUCACGUAUCAUCGUCCGCAUCAUCAACCAGCAGCAGCGCACAUGCACGCAGACACACAAUCGCCUCAUCGUCGACCAUGACACUAUCGUCCAACUUGUCAUCAAACAUCUCAUCCAACAUCUCCACAUCCACCUCAUCAAUGCACACCUCCAAGCUGGACGAUGCCAAUCACUACAAUCAAUCAAUAUACCCCGCCAACAUACAGAGUCUGAACAUGGCGCAGACCCUUAUCGACGACGAGACUCUAUCCAGCCUGCCCAACAUGCUCCCACAGCUACACUCACUAGACAUAUCAUUCUGCUCGCGGGUUGGCGAUGACGGCAUGCUUGAUCUCGCGACCAAUGGCCUGACCUCACUCACACAUCUGGCAUGCCAGACUGUCAAGGCAUCGGAUGGACUACUCGAGGUACUCAAGUGCAAUCCAUGCAUCCACUACCUCGACAUCAGCUUCGCCCAGGUCAAGGACAAACACCUUCGCGAACUACCUCACCACAUCAACAGUCUUCGCACACUAAAGCUCGACGGUCUUCCAAUCACUGACAAUGUAUUUAAUCUGAUAUCCAAGGCGAAUCAAUGUUUGGAAGUUGUAAGCCUGUCUCAAUGUAGUACGAUUACGUUUGAAUUGUUCAAUGUGCUGGCAGACAACUGUCCACUGUUGCGCAAGUUGUAUAUGUCGCAUAGCCGCAUUGGUCCAGUCGCACUCGACAAGAUCACAAGGUUCUUCGACUCGGCCACCCGUCUAAAGACAUUGAACAUUGCAUUCUCCAACAUGGUCACCGAUGACAUUGUAACCGCGCUGUCCAAGAGUCGAUGCGCAGCCAACCUCGAAUCGUUGUUCAUUGGUGGCGGUUUCCAACAGCUGGAGAACGCAUCCAUGCACGCGUUGAUCGACACCUGUCCAAACAUCCGCAUCUUCUCAUGCAUCAGUUGUUACAACAUCACCGACACGACCGUGCGCUGCAUCAUGAAGAAGUGGCUGCUGCUGGAGGCUCUGGAGCUGACCGAUUGCAUCAAGCUAUCGCUCAACACUGUCAACUACCUCACGUUGGACACGCAUCUCCACUUCCAUCUUCGCUUUAUCUUCUUUGGCAGCGCAAUCUGUGAGGAGGUCAACGAGCAGUCGAUCAUCAACAAGAUCGAAGGCAAGACCACCAUUGAGUUAUUGGAGACACAACAGCUGAUGACCCUGGAGGAUCUCAUCCUUCAAGGUUGGAUCAAGCCAUGA